AAGCGAGCGGGCGCGGGCGCCGCGCAGAUGGCCCGGGCGAGCCAGGUCUGAGGCCCCGCUCCCCGAAACGUGACCAUGUGGAUUCAACAGCUUUUAGGACUCAGCUCCAUGUCCAUCCGCUGGCCGGGCCGCCCCCUCGGAAGCCAUGCCUGGAUACUGAUAGCCAUGUUUCAGCUCGCCGUGGACCUGCCCGCCUGCGAGGCCCUGGGCCCGGGGCCCGAGUUCUGGCUCCUGCCUCGGUCACCGCCCCGGCCGCCCCGGCUGUGGAGUUUUAGGAGUGGACAGCCAGCGCGGGUCCCGGCCCCCGUGUGGAGUCCCCGGCCGCCCCGCGUGGAGCGGAUCCACGGGCAAAUGCAGAUGCCCCGAGCCAGACGGGCUCACAGGCCCCGGGACCAGGCGGCCGCCCUCGUGCCCAAGGCAGGACUGGCCAAGCCCCCAGCUGCUGCCAAAUCCAGCCCUUCUCUCGCCUCCUCAUCCUCGUCCUCGUCCUCCGCGGUGGCCGGUGGGGCCCCGGAGCAGCAGGCCCUCCUGAGAAGGGGCAAGAGGCACCUGCAGGGGGACGGUCUCAGCAGCUUCGACUCCAGAGGCAGCCGGCCCACCACAGAGACUGAGUUCAUCGCCUGGGGGCCCACAGGGGACGAGGAGGCCCUGGAGUCCAACACAUUUCCGGGCGUUUACGGCCCCACCACGGUCUCCAUCCUACAAACACGGAAGACAACUGUGGCCGCCACCACCACCACCACGGCCACCCCCAUGAUGCUGCAGACUAAGGGGUUCACCGAGUCCCUGGAUCCCCGGAGAAGGAUCCCAGGUGGGGUUAGCACAACAGAGCCUUCCACCAGUCCCAGCAACAAUGGGGAAGUCACCCAGCCCCCAAGGAUUCUGGGGGAGGCCUCAGGUCUGGCUGUCCAUCAGAUCAUCACCAUCACCGUCUCCCUCAUCAUGGUCAUAGCUGCUCUCAUCACAACUCUUGUCUUAAAAAAUUGCUGUGCCCAAAGCGGGAACACUCGUCGGAACAGCCACCAGCGGAAGACCAACCAGCAGGAAGAGAGCUGUCAGAACCUGACGGACUUCACCUCGGCCCGGGUGCCCAGCAGCCUGGACAUAUUCACGGCCUAUAACGAGACCCUGCAGUGUUCACACGAGUGCGUCAGGGCGUCUGUGCCCGUGUACACCGACGAGACGCUGCACUCGACGACGGGGGAGUACAAAUCCACAUUUAAUGGAAACCGACCCUCCUCUUCUGAUCGGCAUCUUAUUCCUGUGGCCUUCGUGUCUGAGAAAUGGUUUGAAAUCUCCUGCUGACUGGCCGAAGUCUUUUUUACCUCCUGGGGGCAGGGCAGACGCCAUGUGUCUAUUUCAUGGAUUCCGUUGGUGAACCUGUAAAAACAAAACAAACAAAACAAAACAAAAAAGACAAAACCUAAAACUAAGCUAUCUAAGGGGGAGGGUCCCCGCACCUACCACUUCUGUUUGCCGGUGGGAAACUCACAGAGCAGGACGCUCUAGGCCAAAAUCUAUUUUUGUAAAAAUGCUCACGCCUAUGGGUGACUCUGCCUUCUCCCCGAGUUUUCUUUGGAGAACAGAAAGAAGAAACGAAAGAAAGAAACCGGAGGCAGAGAGACGAGGAUACCCAACGAAAGGGACGGGAGGAAGCAUCCGAAACCUAGGAUUCGUCCUACGAUUCUGAACCUGUGCCAAUAAUACCAUUAUGUGCCAUGUACUGACCCGAAAGGCUCGGCCGCAGAGCCGGGGCCCAGCGAAUCAUGCGGAGAAAUCUUACAGAAAACAGGGGUGGGAAUCUCUUCCGAUAGAGUCGCUAUUUCUGGUUAAUAUACAUAUAUAAAUAUAUAAAUACAAACACACACACGCACACACUUUUUUUGUACUGUAGCAAUUUUUGAAGAUCUUAACUGUUCCUUUUUAAAAAAAGAAUUGUGUUAUAGGUUACAAAAUCUGAUUUAUUUAACAUGCUUAGUAUGAACAGAAUAAACCCGUGUUUUCUACUUUGGCAACUCACGUCACACACAUAUUACACACGUGUGUGCAUGCACACACAAUACACAUACAUGCAUAUAGACACAUCUAUUGGAAAUGCAGUUCCACAGGUGAGCAUGUUCUUUCUGGUGACCUGGUAUUCCAUCACCGUUCACCCCAGGGGACAGCCUCGACCCAGACAAGGAGGCCCUUAAAUGACAGCCUGCAUUUGCUAGAUGUUUGGUGAGUGGCAUCAAAUGUGUGACUUACUAUCUUGGGCCAGAACUAAGAAAGCUGUGGUUUUAUAUAUGUGUGUGUAUAUAUAUACACACACAUAUAUGUAUAUAUAUGUUUUUGUGUAUAUAUAUAUAUACACACACACAUAUGCAUACGUAUGAUUUUUUUUUUCAUUUAAAUGUUGGAAGAUGCUGCCUAACAGCCACACUCACAUUUAUGUAGCUGGUUGCUUACAAACGGGCCUGAGCCCUGGGUUGGGUGGGUGGUGGAUUCUUGGACGUGUGUGUCAUACAAGCAUAGACUGGAUUAAGAAGUUUUCCAGUUCCAAAUAUUAAAGGAAUAUAUCCUUACGAUGUGUGUGUGUAAUGUCAGGGCAGAACUUAGACAUACGUGAAGGGCCCCAGUUGGUUUGAAAACGAAAAAUCGUCAUUCUGUGUGCGAACCACGCGGGCUGCCCCACAGCCCGGCCUGUGCUGCAUUGCCUUCCCUUGCGCAGGUGGACAGGUGUUGCCCGCUUUUUCUAGGGCCCUGAGGGUGACUUGGAAUCUUGGGGGAAGCCUCGGCAGAGAUGCCGUUCUCCUGUCAGCUUCCACUGGCCGAUGGAUGUUUCUGUGUUGUCAUCGAGAAUCCUACUGUAGAACUACCCAGUGGAAACAGGGGCCCCAGACCCGAGCCUCAGUACAGAGAAUCCUAACCACACACACUUUAUGAAAAAUACUGCCAUGCCACUGGGCCUUCCUCACAAGCCUCACCUGAGACGGGCUCACUGGUGGCCCAGACUUGCUGUCAACAGGGAGUGCUGUCGGGAUCUAGGGAUGCAUCUUGUGGCCCACGCUGUGCCUCCUUAGAGGAUGUUUCCUGUCUAUGGGAGAUGCCUAAUGUGGUGUGGGUCCCUGUCUCCAAAGACUCUAUUUCUCACACAUGGCCCAGGUGGAACUUUAACUUCAGCAGUAGAGUGCGUGAGGCAAUUCAGUGAAGUGUCGCAGGCCAGGCGACAAGGUUAAAGAUGAGGCAGACAGCUGACCUUACUGCCCUCACUGGCCAGGCUGAUGACCUGAUUCUUCCCUCGGGUUCAGUCUCCCUCUGAAACACCUUGAGAUAUGCUUCAAAAGUUCGCUUUUGUAUCUCCUGAAACACGUGAACCUAGAGUCAUGCCUCUGGAGGGGAAAGGGCUGUUUCUGUGACACAGCCGUGUUGAGAUCUGUAUCCAUGGUAUUGCUCACAAAUUAGGAAAAGUUGUUCUUUAGUUUUUGUUCUGUCGUUUUCCACCCCCAAGCUUUGGCACAUCCCGAGACAAUGCAAACAUCCGCCACUGGCAUUUGGCCAUCUCCAGGUUCCUGGCACUCACCUGCACGGCGCUCCAGCCUGCAGCUCUCUCCGCGCGCCAUCCGGCCUUGUCCAUCCCAUUCUCCUUCAGUCACUCCCUUCCGCUGAGGUGGGCCUCCUGACUCCAGGUGAGCACAGCGUGGUGCGAGUGCGUGGUGACGGCUAGCAGCGUCCAGCAGGCAGUGGGGUUGCUGCUUUGGUCUCUGAUGUUCUGAGCUCCAAAGUGAGCCCAACCGAGGAGGAGGUGACAGCAGGGGGGCCCCGUUGGUUCACUGACCAUGAGAAUCCAGGAUUCCUGAGGGACUCCUGGUAUCUGCUCUGUCAUCUCCCAGCUGCUCGGCCCCCUUCUCCGACCAUGGGUGGCACCCUGGAUGCCCUGAACUCUUUCCUGGGUCCAUGAGACGUAGAGCCUUGGAAAGAAGUGUAAAGCAACAACCCUCUUGUCCCCCAUCAGAGCCACAGGUUCAAGGUAGGGCUGUGAGACCCACACAGGCACAACCACCGGACAAGCCAAUGCGUGCCCAUUCCACACCUGAAAGUCUGCUUCUGUACCGACAUGACAUCCGUCAAGGUAAAUCCACACGGGUGAAGGCUAUUUCUGGAUGAUUGAGGCAGUGUAUGGAAAGACGUAUUAUUUUACUUUUUUAAAUGGUUACCUGCUCUCCCAGACCCCUCAACUGGGAUCAUCGUCUAGGUAAGAGGAGAUAGUGAGUGAAAGUGCCUGGGCCUUGGAGACGCAGCCCCACCCACAAUGAAGUCUGCACCAGGGCACGGAAUUGUCCUGCUUCGGGCCUGAUGUAUAUGUAAUGCCCAUGCACUUUGUGUGUCGGUGGCUGCUGCGUUGGCCUGAUCAGUCCUUCUGCACCUUGGGGUAGUGUCUCAAGCUAGUUGUUGUCGUCUUUCCCCUGCUUGGCCCCUGGAAUUCAGAGUCUGGGUAACAGUAGACACCUCUCUUCCCCCACCCAAGGCGUGGUCCUUACCUUUGCUUGAGCUUUCAUUCCUCAAGAAAAGAACUCCAAGGAAGGGUGACGUGGUUUGUUAGGGUUUCCCAGUUUUUGUCCACUUCCAUCUUAUUCCUCGGAGAUCCCACAAUCGCAAACCCCCUGGCAGCCUCCUGGCACCUGCAUUUGCCCUUAAAGCUUUACAAACAGCUGGGAAUGCACUCUUUGUUGUACAGUCCAGUCCAUUUCCAGACGAAGUCGCUGCUAAUCUUCCUGUGCUUGGUGUCACUUUUUUCUGAUUGGAAUAUGUGUGUCAUUGCUCUUGUUUCUGAGUUUGGUGUGAGAAAGGCGGGGUUCUUCAGGCAUGGUCGGGGAGCUUCCUCAUCGUUUUCCAUUGGGCUCAGAUUCCAACCAUGACCGAGACAAAGCCAAGCCUUCUCAAGCAACGUGGAAGCAUAGUGACACCCUGGGGUGUGUGGAGGUGGCUGCUAUUGUUCCUAUGUACUGCCCUCCUUGCACACAGAAGGGAGAGGCCACUUAGGGGAACUUGUCUUCUCCAAAGUACUUCUAGUCCUUCCCAAUCUUGAAUUUGAGUGGACUUCUCUUAUUACACUCAACUCCCAGAAAUUCACUCCAGUCCUUCCUGGAACAUUGUGAAAUUAGAAACCUGGACUCAUCAGCAAACCCCACCCAGUCUUUGAAUCGGGACACCAGGAAACCCAUUACUAUGAAUGUGAUCUUACCAUCUUAAAUCAGUCCUUUCUUUUGAAAAUACAUGACUCUUUCACAGCCAUAUUUUAGCAUCAGGAAAAGCCGUGCUUACAGGGGUUGGUCGUCAACAUUUUGUGUGCGAUGCCUAAGGUGUAGACUGUGUUAAAAGGUGAACACACCAAAGGAUCGACCCUGUCACCUUGGAUGGUCUCUUUUUUGACCCUGUUGCCCGUGGAGAGGUAUUUUACCCUUUUGCUUCUUUGCCCAGGUGGUCUAGGAUUGUCUGUAGCUCAGGAAGCUGGACUGACCCUGUAUCUUGAAAGAUAAGACCAGGAACCAGGAGUGAGGAUGGGACUCUCACUCAGUGGGACUCUCACUCAGCCUUUUCAUGGUCAGGCUUGGUCUUCCCAUACUUAGUUCAAGAUGGCACCAGGACACACCUUCUUUUGACCACCUGUUGACACCAUCACCCUCUUUCAUCAAGGUGAUCUCUUUCAUCAGGGCGUACGUGAGAUGUGAUGCUCCACUUGACUGUCUUCUCCCCUACCCCUGCCCCCUUCCACAAAGCCAUUUCUCAAGUAACAGUGGGAAAAGAUACCAAGAUGCCUGAUUUCUUGAACCAUUCUUGUUUCAGCACAUGAGUUCUUUAAGACACUACUCACAUAUGCCACUGGAGAGAAACAACCCAUUCUGGAUCACCGUAAUGAGCUGAUCAGUCGUUCAUCUUCUUCUUCAACAAAUACUUGUUCCACUUCUACCACACUGGCCAUACAGUCGGAGGCAAGAUUGGCACAGUUAUGCCCUUGUGGGUCUUAUAUUCUAUAGUAGAAGGAGGUGGAUGGUUAAUGUGAAAGAAAACCAAAAUAAUUUCCAGAGGGAGAAGCAGCAGGAAGAGAACAGAGCAGAGUGAUGGGGUCAGGGUGUAGAGAAGGAGAGAGGGGAAGAGGGAGAGAGUGGCGGGGAUCGAGGGGGAAGAAAGAGAGGAAGGGGUUGUCUGCAUCUCCUCCUGCCAUCCAUCGCCUACUGGGAAAUUAUCACUUGCUGCUUGAGGGUUGGACUGGUGUUGGAUGGAGCAAGAAGGCCUUGGUCUUAGCUGUUGGAUAAAAACUCAGUGCAGAGCUGAAGAUAAGACAUCGCAGUUGUUACGAUGCCUGGUUCUUCAUUGAAUUCCUCAGCCAUUCCAGCAAGAGUGGAAGCAGAGGGGCAGGGGCAGGAUGAGGGCUGCUGUCCUGGAGAUGAGCUUGCCCCAUCUCUGGGCACUGGCUCUGCCCCAUCCCCUCCCCAUGUUGGUCCCACCUGUCAGAUUGCCAGGCCAACCAGGUCUCAGGUCAACCAGGUCUCAAGGAGGAAAAGGGGGUUCAACGUCAGUGACAUGGCCCAGAGGGCACGGGCACCAUGGGGAUGCCAUUCCUCUUGGUGCCAGAAGGCAGCUGCCUCUCCAGAAGCUCCCCCAGCACUGAGCGUACUUAGUGGCAUCCUUCUUAAACAGCAUCUGCUUUUAAGUAAGCAGCUAUUCCAAAACAUGCCGUGAUUCAUGUAAUUUUUGAGUGGUUACUUUGGUGCAGUUUGUCAAUUUGCUCUGCCAUACUGUUUUUUGAUUGUUUGUUUGUUUUCCAGUGUAAAUAGCACAGCCCACAUAAAUGAGCCAAACUCAUCAUCUGAGGAUCUUUGAUUAUUCUUCCCCACUUAUUGUACAUUGAUGUGCCGCCUGCUAGGAAGAUAAACUCCCUCUUUGCUCACUGUGAGCCCAGAUCUCUGUGUUAGUUACACUCAGCCUUAUCUGGGGGUCCCAGGGAGGUCUUAAAUGAUUGUUUGGGGUUUUGAAACAUGCUACCAUCCCUUCCUUCCAAAGAGCGUGAAGCAUGGCUCUGUGUGGUUUUGUGUGUCUGGGUUUACAGCUUGUAUUUGGAUGUAAGGAGUGACUAAAAACAGGUCUAGGCUGAGAUCCACUGUCUUUUAAACCACCCCAGCCCUCGGUGGAACAGAAAGAAUGAGCUUCUUCUGAUCUCAGAUCGUUCUAGAAAGGUCUCAGCUAAUGAGCACAAAGUAGGCAAUCCCCAGAGUUUAUACGGGCCUCCAUGUGACCAAGCCAUCCCUAGCUAGGAAACUUAACUCUUUGCACAACCUCCCUUCAUGCUGAAGGGCCCAUAGGAACAUGGGAACGUUUGCCCUUUGUCAGAGGAGUGGCCCCACCCUGCCCUCUGCCUGAAACACAAAGCAGCUCCUCUUGGAACAGCCAGCCUGGGGCAGAAGCACUUGAACGUCCCAUCUUCCAUCUUAUUUCACUUUGGUUGCAGGGAGUUAAAUACAUAGGCCACAGCUGACCAAGAUAGCGGUGUGCACAAUGGUCCCCGGAAUAUCCAGUGACUCAAGCGAUGUUAGUCUUGGGGUCCCUAAGGCAGUAGGGCGUGGGGAGAAAGUUUCUCACCAUCGAUUCCCAAACACAUCAGCCACAAGUCCGCACUCCACACCUGUAAACACACAGGCUAUGCCCCAUUGUAAAGGUGACUGAAGAGAAUGUUCAACUCGAUGGUGAUGGGCCUGUUUUGAAGCUAAAAGCAUAAAAUGAAUCCUCCCUGUAGCUCCAUUGCCUUUUCCUCUUGAAGGAUUCCCUGCUAAAUGUUCUGUGCAUAGAAUCAAGAGAGCAUUUUUGAAUGAGCCAUAAAUCUCAGUCAUAUAUAAGAGGCAUAACAUAAAUUGGGCCAAGUUUGCCCAUCUGGGACACGCAGGUUUAUAGAGAUUAAACACUAGUGAGUAGCGGGGGAAGGGAACAGUGACUGUAUAAAUGGCCAUAUAAAUGACCUACUUGUCUUCUCAUGUAGGCUGGAAUGAGAACCUACGUAUGCCGUAGAUAACCGUCAAUUAAAUGGGUUAAUGUGCCAAGCCAAGAGAGUUCUUAAGACAUGCACAUGGGACUGGAUUAACUCUUGUCGAUAUAUUGGAUUCCAUAGUAAAACAUCUGUUAAGUAACAUGUGGUGGGAAAGGAUGCAGGGAGCGUUGGACUGUAGGAAAUUCUCCUUUAUACAAGUUAAUUAGUUUUGUCUCUGGUGGCUCUCUCUUAAAACAGAAUCCCCUGGAGACCCGGGUUUUCAUGUUGUAAUUCAACAUCCAAAUAUUUGCAACAUUAAAUAACAACUCCGUGGAGACAUCGGUCUUGCAUGGGCAUAAGCAGCUCACACUGGUUAGCUUUUGUCAGAUUUCGCCAUUUCUGCAACAAAAUUUCUUAGUGUUGAUGUUGAUAGCUUCUGGGUUGGCAAAUUGGCAGUUCACUCUAGUCUUACUGGGUUGGGCGAGUUCUUGCCCCCAGAAAAUUGGGGAUAGCUUUGGCCAUGGAAGGAGCAAGAACACUAUGCAGUCCUAGGCUCUGUUUUUUGUUUUGUUUUGUUUUUGGCACCAUUAUGUACCGUGAAGACUUACAGCCUCUGCUAAUACAGCAUAGGGGACACUUUGAGGAGCCCCAGCAUCAUUGUUUGAAAUCAUUGUACAGGGAGCUGCAGGGAUGAAUACCAUUGUACCAAUGCCCGGGCCAGCGUCUCAUUUCCUAACAGAAUCAUCCCGUUCUUGUUCACUCUUCAGUCAUCCCAAGCCAAAAGGGAAAAUUCAAAACCCACUGUGACACCCCAACCCUAAUUUCCAACCUUUGGAGGACUCACCUGGGGCAGGAGGGAGAAAGGGCUUUGCUGAAGUCUCAGGCUGCCGAGAACCACGUACGGGCGUAGCAGCAAGCCAAUGGCAUGGCUCUUGACAAGGUUUUCUAUAGGGCGGCAACUGUUGCUCCCAGGGGAAUCCUCUCCUGGUGCCUCCGCAGUCUAUUCUGGGGUGGAAAUGCCAUUCUCUAUGAUUUCUCUCACACACAUGUGGAUUUCUAAUAUCAAGUUAUGUGACUGCCUACCACCUAAGGCCUACAAAACAACAUGGGAGUUUCUUUCUCGAGUGUGCAGCAAGUCAGCAUGAACAGGACCCUAGCAACUGUGGGGAGCAGGAUUCUCUAAGGUGCUCUUAGAUACGGUGUCACUUCUACAUACAAGCACAAUUCUCCCAGUUAAGGGACUGGAAGACAAGCGGGGCAACUGGUUUUGAAAAGCCCGCUGGCAUGCCAGAGGGGGUGUUUGGCCACACCCUCCUUGAAUCUAACUGCCACAAUCUAUCCACAAAUGUGUUUUGUUCUAUUUCCGGUUUGUUUUCACUUGUGUUUGCGUUGCUUCCUCUGAAGCCAGAGGAUGAAAGGCCCUGGCAAAGUGAGUUAUCAGUCAACUGAUGAUAACUGUGAUCCUUAAAGAUGAAUUCCCAGCCUGAGGUGACACACAGAGGUUCAGCAUACGUCUCAGGAUCUGUCACAUGUCAUGUUGCUUGGUGUGAAGAUGAAAGAACAAAGUCCACAUCAGUUUCUGCUCCUUCAAACAGUGUGUUGAUAUAAAACAUUGAGAUUCGGCAGAAACAUGUGCCCAGUUUGCAGCACCAAAUACCGGUCUUCUCAGAGGUGUUUUUGUUUUGUUUUGUUUUCGUUUUUGUUUAAUUUCCUCUUCUGGCAGCCCCAUUUGGAUCAUUUCUUCUCUUUCUUUCCUGGAGAAACAGGAUGGCAGGUGCUGGAGCCCAGAGUGGGGUCACUCUCCAGCUGAAAUGAUUUAAAUGGAAAGGAGAAUGACAGCAAAGCCUCACAUGAACUUAAAUGACCUUAUCAAUGACCCUUACUAACUUACCACUGGUACCUGGAUUGAUGAGAGGUGAGUGGGACUAAAAGCCAGGAUCAGGAUCAGGUUGCUCCACACAUUUGCAGAGCAGGAGCCCUGGAAAUGUGAGUUAGACCCAGAAAGUAUUGAACUGGACACUGAAGGAAGCUUGAGGCCAUGCAUUGAUCACAUUUUUAGAGUCUUUUACAUUAUUUUUUCAAAAGGAACACAUGUUUACUGCAAACCAUUUAGAAAAUACCAAUAACCAAACAGAAGGGAAAUGUUUGAAAACUUCCAAUUGUUUAAUUCUGUAGAAACUGUUCACUGAAGGCUGAAUGAGUGGGGACGAGUCACAGAGUUAGCACCAGGGACAAGUCUGGCUCCAACGUAUGUUUUAUGAAGUCUGAUGAGCUUUCAAAUGCAUCUUUGCCAGCUGAACUUGUCAUGCACUAAACUUCCCAUUGAUCAUUAGAGUGUGUACGAUUAAGUGGAAAAGGCAGUCAACCAUUUGGAUGUUUGACUUUGACAACAUCAAGCAUCGGCCAUUGGGCACAUCUGAACAUUGGUGUGGAAUAAACAGGAUGCUCAGAGAAACAUCCAAAUUUUUGACUGGAUUUUUCCGAUGGGGCAUCUCUCUAAGAAUCACAGAGCUGAGAAAUGGAAGGAGCCAGGUCCAUGUUGAUGCUCGUAGUGUGUUCAAAUAACUCUUGAAUUCACCAGGUCUCACUGCAUUUAUUUAAAGAUGGAGCCCUUUGUCCCCUCCUCCUCCUCAGCUCACCCAUGGAACUAGAAAUUCACAAACCUGAAGCUGAACCGCAGGACAAGAAAUUAAACAGCAACGGCCACAUGGCCUAUUUUUUCACAGGUUUUGCAUUGAAUGUUUUAGAACUUAAUCCCCCACCCCCUUACUCAUGUAUACCAAAACUGGUUUUAUUUUCAUUUUCCUAAAUUAUUUUCUGAUACAAUAAACUGUUAACUGUUUAUUUAUA